AUGAAUGUGAUUAGAACAUGCCCUGAGCUCAUUGAGGAGAUGCGAAGUUUACUUGACUUAUCUUUCAGUAAUGAGCAAAUUAAGGAGACUAUGUGGAGUAUCUCUAGUUGGCCAGUAAUUGGAAAUGAUAUUGUGGAAGUUAUAUGUUGUUUCUUCAGGAUUGGUAAGCUUUUAAAAGCUUGGAGUACAACUGCUAUUACUCUUGUGCCUAAGGUUGCUUGUCCUACAUCUCCAGGGGACUUUAGGCACAUAUCUUGUUGUAAUGUCAUUUAUAAAUGUAUCUCCAAGCUCGUUUGUUCUAAACUUAAGCAGAUGUUGGGUGUAGUUGGCACACGGGAUUUGUUUAAAUUCCAUCCUAGAUGUAGAAAGAUGAAGCUGAACCAUCUAUGUUUUGCAGAUGAUCUUAUGCUAUUUUCUAAAGGCGAUCCAUAUUUGAUUUCUCCUCUAUACCAAUGUCUGGAUAGUUUUUCUAAAACCUCUGGACUUUCUGCAAAUAAGUCUAAGUCGGCUCUAUUCUUAGCUGGUUUGUCACGAUUAACUAAGGAAAGGAUUGCUGAGAGUAUAAGCCUUCCCCUGGGCUCUUUUCCUGUCAAAUAUUUAGGAGUUCCUCUAAAUUUUAAGCGUCAAUCAGCUGCUGACUUUGAUGUGAUUAUUGAUAAGAUGACAGCUCAUUUGAGAUUGUGGUACUACAAAAAUCUUUCUUAUGCAGGCAAUGUCAGCUGGCUUAAAGUGCGUAUGCCCAAGAAGAAUGGUGGAUUGGGUGUCUGGAAUCUUGAGAUCUGGAAUUCUAUUACAGUUGUUAAGCUCUCUUGGCACAUUAGUACUCUUUAUGAAUCCCUCUGGGUUAGAUGGGUUCAUGGUGUAUAUACCAAAGGGACCAAUUGGAUGCUUUUCAAUCCCCCUAGUACUGCUAGCUGGUCCUUCAAGAAGAUAUGUAAUAUCAAGCACAAACUAGCGGUUUGGAUGAAUAAGCAUCAGUACUCCGUACAGGUGAUUUAUAGCUCUAUUUUCGACUCUACUCCUAAGGUUAGUUGGGAUAGAUUUGUGCGACAUAGACCCUCUGUCCCUAAAGCACGUUUUAUCUUAUGGCUAACUUUACUUGGUAGACUUAAAACUAGAGAUAAAUUGGCUCAGAUGGGGAUUAUUGAUGAUGAUCGUUGUCCCAUGUGUAACUUGUGUCCAGAAUCAGUGGAGCAUAUUUUUUUUUCAGUGUCACUUUAG